AUGCAAACAGCCGAAGAAAGCGUAUUAGAACUGUCUACUGAUGAAGUCGAGUUGAGGCGCAGAGCUUUGGAAAGUUUCCGCAAACCAGGUCGCGAUAUCUCAGCCAAUGAACAUGCGGCUCCGGCGCUUAACAACAACAUCACGCAUCCAGGAAAGUCUCCUCUUAACUUGGAAGAACGUUUUAUUAUUUCUGUGAGGACUCAUCCAAAUGCUUCCACCUCUUCAAGUAGUGAUGAAGAAUGUGAUUUCGCAAGUUUACCUAGUGUCACCAUCGGCUCACAUGAGGCAAAAUCUUCAAUGCCCUCCAACGUGAAUGUUAAGCAUCCACAUCAGACUUCAAACAAUUUUGUCAGGCAGAUGCAGAUGUCUUAUUGUAAAUCUGAGCGUAUAAAAGAAGUCGCUUUACCGAAACCAGGAAAAUCCACAGUCAUAACCUCUCCACAAAAGAAAACACUUUCUCUCAGUUCCUUGCACAAGGCUUUGCUCAAGCAUUCUCGUCGAAGAGAAGAGCUUGAAGGAGCUUUAAAAGAAUGCGAAAAACAUAUUCUUGAUAAGAAACGUCAUUCCACGAUGUUGCAGAAAGCAAUGAUCAAGCUCAAAAAGAGAAUGGAGGCAUUGCAAAAGCAUUAUCAGGAAUGUCAAAAAGAAAUAAUACAAAUGAGUAAUAAGAAAAAGACCAUCACAUCCCAAUUGCAGAUUGCUAAAAAGAGGCAGGAAAAACUUGGGACUGUGAUUGUGCAACAGUCGAGAAAGCGGAAGUGCCGAAGAUCCAAGCCCUAUUCUGCAGGUCUUGAUCAAAUUGUUGGCUAUUGUAACAACAUCUUUGAUGUCCUGAAGGCUUCAUUCCGGAUUAACAGCCCGUUCUUUCAGUAUUAUAAUCCUUUAGCCAUUUCGAAGAAAAUGCUUGAUGAAGUUGAAAUGUCUUCUUGCUGUAAUGAAUCUACCAUCAAUGAUUCAAAUCAGCCUUCUGGAGUAGAUCCAGUCACUCCCAUUUGUCCCUUUUAUUUGAACGGAAAUUGCUCCGACAUUACAUGUAUUUUUCAGCAUCCAGGAGAGUCUGUUACCUCAACUCCUAAGUCUUUACGGUCACUCGUCGAAUUGGAGGGAAAUAAUUCCCAUUUCACGGAAUCCCAAUGUUCUGUUUGUGGAUUUGUAUUUGAUUCUGCUGAAGAUGGCCACCUUCCGGUUACUUGCUUGUCAGUGUCAGACUGGCAUUCUGUAUUUUUCAAGUGUGAUGAUUGGACACCGUUUCUGAAUUCACCAAUUAGAGCGGAUAGCGUCGUUCUUCUGAAACACCAUCUUCAUGCUGUGCUCACAUUUUCAGAAAAUAUUGUAAUUUCGGCUUGUGAUUUUCUACAAAAUGUGACUUAUCAUACAGAUCUUCUCUACUUUGCUCUCAAUUACUGUGAAAUCUCCUCACUGGCAGAUCGAAGGCGCCUUCUUCGUGAGUGUUUAUUUCGCCUAUUACGCAGAGUUCGGGAUCCAAGUAUUUCUUCUGCUAUUUAUUGUAUGAAUGGUCUCCUUUCUGUUGUCUAUCACAUUGCUCGGUUUGAAUGGGAAGUAUGUGGAACCCGCUACGGCAUUUCUUUAAUUGAAAGUCUACUAUCUGUUGACGCAGGCAACCAAAUUGGUCUUCCAAUAGUCCAUCCUGCUCGUUGGGGUAUUUGGUUCCUUCGGAUGAUUUUUGCAGUUUCAGCCUAUUUCCCCUCUUCGCCCACUCAUUGCCCCCUCAUUGAACCAUCACAACUUUUGUCUAACCAAGCAAUAUUCGAAGCUGCUGCGGCAGAUAUGCGCUUGUCUUGCAAUAAUUUAAGUAUUUUUGUAUCUCAAUGUUCCGAAUCCUCUAUUCCACUCUCUUCUAUCUCUCCAAUUAUUUCAUUCUGUCACCUUUUUGUCCAGUUUCUUGCAGCUAAGGGCGAUAGUAAACAAGGCGCUAUGCUUUGUCUCAAUGUAUUGGAGAACUCAAAAUUACUCCAGAUUUCAGAUAAUCUCCUACUCCCUAGUGCUAUUUACUUGGCAAAAAAUUGUUUUCCAGAAGAUCAAUCUCACACUUAUCGUUUAAUUUCUGAAGUUACAGAUAAGCUGUCAAUGCAGACUUGUUAUACCUACUGCUUAGCUUGUUCGAUGGCUGACAAUGGUAAAUGGGAGUCUUGUAGCGAUGUUCUUGCAAAUCACCUUUCCAGCCUCUUUUCUUUCCACCUGCCUGAUGCCACUUCUGUCUAUUCUGCUUUUCGUCAAAUUCUCUGCAUAUCUCACCAUCCGCCUAUCAAAAUAAGAAAUAUUGUCUAUUUGUGGAUGUGCUUUGGUCUCUUUAGCAUGAUUCAUAGUUUCUCGACAGGUCUUUUACCUGAUUUUUUAAAUCAUGUGAUAGCCAGAUUGGAGAACUUUCAGGGUUAUGAUUCCUCCCUGCAUUGCCCACUCAUUUCUCUUCUCAUGCAUCUUGGAUUAUCUCUGGCAAACUUGCUUCCCUCUGCGGAAUUAUAUUUAGAUGCUCUCAACAAACUUCUUUUUCCAGCAUAUUUGGUAAAUGAUGCUGAUUUCUGUUCACAUCCAGCUUCCUGGUUUCUUGAGCUCCUACAGUUCAUUCGCGUGGAUAAGUUUUCCUCAAAAUCACCCGGUUCUUUAUUUGCUCGGAUAGUGGAGGUCUACGGUUUCCGGUGUUUAAAGUCUCUCGUUGUCAUUGAGGAAGCUGUCAAUAAUGAGUCCCUAGAAUGGUUGCAGAGUAUUUGUUCGAUCGCACGUUUGGAGAAACCAGCCGAUGAGGAAUUUUGGUUGUUGGUAGCGUCUCUCGGAGUCAAAUUUCAUCCAAAGUCGGCUGAUGAUGGAAAGGGUUUCGCUCUUUAUCUCAACGAGUGUUUAAGUGAAGCAGUGGAAGCCUUACCCUUGAGUAGCCGCAUCUGGCGAUUGUACGCCGUAUUGGUGAAAACCUGCGGUCUGGGGGAUUGUCAAAUGGAGAUGUUGAGACAAAGAGUUGCACGGUUGUCUCCAGAUAUGGUCCCUGUUGUCGAGGAAGUUUUAUCCAAGAAAACGACUGCACAAAUUUUUCUUCUUCUGGAUAAAACCCUCGUGGAGCCUCUGGCCUGUGCUGAUUACAGUGAAUGGUUAAAGCAAUUUUGCAGUGAGUCGGCCAACGCUAUUUCUGUCUUUUCGUUGCUAUAUUUUGCAUUAUCUUAG